AUGGCUGAACAAGCUCUUGAUCAGAUCCGAGACGUCGUCGAUGGCCAAAUUGACUUUGAAGGACAGAAGCUUGCCGAGCUCCUCGCGACAGUUCUCCUUGUCGUUUCUGGCCUGAUCUCCUUCGUUGUCGGCUACUUCCUCCAAGAUAUCAAGCUCGCGGUCUACCUAGGUCUAGGAGGCACGGCGUUAACCUUCCUCGUCGUGGUGCCGGCCUGGCCCUUCUACAACAAACAUCCCGUCAAGUGGCUUCCAGCCGGGUACGCAUACGAUCUUGCAAGCAAAGGAAAUCAAUAG